CUCAAUUUACAGUACAUCAACAGUGCACUGAAAGAAGUAUCUCACCCACGUCCACUAUUAUAACGUCGAGGACUCGCUUGUGGAUAUAGCUCGGAUUCUAGCUCAGGUGUUUGGAUUUUGGGACAUUCUUCCGGUCAUGAAUCGGGUUUCUUUGCCCGCUGCUGCUCUUUUGCUAUUUACAUUCACGGUUUUAGUGUCUGUGACUGUGGUGGAGACACGUCAUUCCACUGGGCUAAGGAGACACAGGAGGGAAUGGAUCAUCCCUCCCCAGAAACUAGAUGAAAAUGUAGACUACACCAAGAAAGAGUUUAUCGCCAAGAUCCGGUCAGAUUCAGACGAUGGGACUGGUAAUGUGCAGUACUCUCUAACUGGGGUGGGAGCUACUAAAUACCCCUUCAACCUGUUCAUAGUGAACCCUGACACCGGCUUUGUACGCAUCACUGGUAUCCUGGACCGGGAGACUAUCGCCAUGUACAAUUUGUCAGGUACCGCUAGGUUCACUGAUGGCAGUCAAGCAGAAAAGAACAUUGAUUUGAGGAUCCAAGUUGUGGAUCAAAAUGAUAACCCUCCUAUUUUCGGUGACAUUAACCCAGGAGAGGUGUACGAGCUCAGCUCAAAAGACACGUCCAUCAUGAAGUUGGUUGCGACAGACGCUGACGAACCAGGGAAUGAGAACUCUCAGAUUGCCUACACCAUAAUUAAACAGGAGCCUCCAGGAGAGAGCAUGUUCUACAUCACCAAUGAAGGAGAACUGAGAGUAAAACAGCGCACACUGAACAGAGAGGUGCAGGACUGGUACAUGCUGACAGUGAAAGGUACAGAUCUGAACGGUAGACCAGAGGGCAACACCGGCACCGGAACCUUUAGAGUCAACAUCAAGGAUGUGAACGACAACCCUCCCACUCUGGAGAAAGAUGAGUAUGAGGGCAGUAUUGAGGAGAACACAGAGAAUGUGGAGGUGAUGAGGUUCAAAGCGAAUGACCUGGACAUGGAGAACACUCCUAACUGGGUGACUCAGUUUGAAAUCGUCAAGGGCAACGAGGCUGGCUACUUCAGCAUUGAGACAGACCCCAAGACCAACGAGGGAGUUCUGAUGCUCAAGAAGUCUGUAGACUAUGAAGACGUCAAACACCUUGAGCUGGGAAUAGCCGUAGCUAACCAGGCUCCACCCUAUAAUUCUGAAGGAGGAGGAGGAGGAGGAGGAGGAGGAGGAGGAGGUGGGACAGGAGGAGGAGGAGGAGGUGGGACAGGAGGAGGUAGUGGAGGAGGAGGUGGGACAGGAGGAGGUAGUGGAGGAGGAGGUAGUGGAGGAGGGGGUAGUGGAGGAGGAGGAGGUGGAGGAUCGUGGUUUGGUGGUGGAGGUUCUACAGGGAAACCUAUGAAGACCUACCCAGUAAAGAUCGCCGUGAAGAACCAGCCAGAGGGGCCACGGUUUGACCCCAAGGUCAAGGCUAUCCCCAUCUCAGAGGGAGGAGACUUCAAUAUCAACAAGGUGAUCGGCUCCUACCAUGCCAUCGACGGAGACACACUAAUGCCUGCACAGAACGUCAGGUAUGCUAAGGGCUCUGACCCAGACAACUGGCUGACCGUUGAUGAGUUGACUGGGGAUAUUAAACUCAAUAAGAUGCCUGACAGAGAGUCCAAGUUCCUGGUCAACGGGACAUACUACGCCAAAGUUCUCUGCAUGACCCAAGACAUGCCCUCUAAGACAGCCACGGGUAUGGUAGCCAUCCAGGUGGAGGACUUGAACGACCACUGCCCCACGCUUACUAGUAACGUUCAGACCAUGUGUAUGACAGCCGAUGCUAUUACCGUGACUGCAGUGGACAAGGAUGCGUUCCCCAACGGAGCCCCCUUCACCUUCACCAUCAUCCCAGAGGGAACAGAGGGAGUGUGGGUGGUCGAGCACCUAAACGACACCUCGACCAUCCUGAGGUCCCAAAAGGAUUUGUGGCCGGGCUCCUACGCAGUUGCCAUGGAGAUCCGCGACCAGCAGGGGCACGCGUGUCCUGACCUGCAGAAGCUAAAGGUAGAUGUCUGCACGUGUGCGGACAAAGGGAAGGCGUGCGCGACGCGAGGAGCUAAGGGCUCAACCGGGGCAGUGCUAGGGCCUGCAGCAAUUGGACUGCUCUUCCUGGGUCUGCUGACGCUACUGCUAAUCCCUCUCCUGCUGUUGUUCUGUACGUGUGGGGGUGCCGGAGGUCUUCCUGGGGGCUUCACUGAGAUGCCCUUUGACGCCAAGGCACAACUCAUUUCCUACCACACUGAGGGACAGGGGGAGAACACGGAAGUACCUCUGCUGAAUGCACCAGUUCAGGUCGACACAGGAAGGGUCAAAAUGAUCAACGCGGGAACCAUUGCAGCAACGACCGGAGGGGCGGGGCUAAUGAUAGGUGGUGAUCAGUUCCAGAACUCCUCCUCCACGAUGGGCGGUGGAUUCUACCAAUCAGACGGCCUUAUGGAUAUUGGAUAUAAGAAUGGAGGAGAGAUAAUCGGCCAUGGGAAUGGAGGAGGCUUUUAUUCUGAGUAUGAGAGCAGAGAGGGAGGAGGAGCCUAUGAAGGCAUCGCCCUGCCUGAUCACUACCUGGAGGAGUACUACUCUCAGAAAGCUCAUUGUGCAGCUGAAAACCACAUCCAGAAGGACAGUCAGUUGGUGUAUGACUACGAGGGCCAGGGCUCUCCUGUAGGCUCGGUGGGAUGCUGCAGCCUCCUGGAAUCUGACAACGACCUCCAGUUCCUCAAUGACCUGGGGCCAAAGUUCAAGACCCUGGCCGAGGUGUGCCGCGGAGAGAGGAUCCAAACUGAAGUCUCUGCCCCUCUGCCACCCAGACCCAUCAUCUCCAUGCCAACAGCAGCCAGCAGUGUGACGACCAAUGUGGCGUCCAGAGUGGUUUCCGCCGCCCCGGUCCCGGUCCCAGCCCCAGCACCGCCCCCUGCCCCGGCCCAGGUGACACACGUCGAGAGGGCUGUGGUGAGGGAGUCAGAUCGUUCAGAUCGUUUGUCUACUCUGAGGCAGGACAUGGUGGGAGGAAGCCAGGGCCAGACCUUCCUACUGCAGCAACAGCCUAUGUACUACACCACCAUGCAGCCUAUGAUGCAGCCCGUGGUGCAGCAGAUGCACUAUGUAGUGGAGCAACAGGUCCCCAACACACAGGGCAUGAUAAUGGUCAACGGGCCUCCGUCAGGCUCGGCCCAGGGCCUGGUGCUGCAGGGGCAACGGGUGGUGACCGGUACCCAGGCUCAGGGCACCCUUGGCAGGGGAGAGGGAGGCCUGAUCCAUAUGGGGAACAUGUCUGGUUCUCAGGGUAUGAUGGUUGUGGAUGGGCCGGUGAUGCAGGGGGGGCAAAUGCUGCAGGGGGGGCAAGUUUUUCAGGGGGGGCAAGUUCUUCAGGGGGGGCAGUUGGUACAAGGGGGUCAGGUCCUUCAGGGGGGUCAGGCCUGGCUGCAGCAGUGUAGCUCCCUGCAGCGAGGGGGCUUAUCAGGGUCACAGAGCAUGCUGGUGAUGGAGGGACAGGGGGGUAGCAGCGGCGGUAGUGGGGUGCAGAAAGGCCAGGGAGGGGUGUUAGGUUUCUCCCAGGGGUCCAUGCAGAGGAACGGCCUCUCUGGCUCACACAGAGUCCUCUACACCACAGAGCAGAGCUCCGCCGCAGAGUCCAGCGCAGGCUCACAGAGCGGCAUUGUAGGAUUGAACGGGUCCUCCAGCAAGGUCAGCAUAGGCCCCGCCUCCACCUCCCGCAAGGCGGUGAUAGAGAAGAGAGUUGUGACCAACCAGAGCACCAGUAAAUAAGGUCUCGACCAAUAAUAUAAUACUAUAAACACUAGACACAUUAAAUGCCACUGAAGCUAUUUAUUGAUGGAAAUGUCACCACCUUGGAAGUUUUGAUUUAAAUUCAGUGCUCAAGAUGGGGGGUAUUUUUUUGUCCCUGAAAAGCAUAUCACUCUUAGAUGUAUAGUGGGGUUUAGAAUGAGAAAGUGUUAGAUUGUUGUUUAAAAAAUGUGGCAGUGGGCAAGUGUAAGUGUGCAGGUUCAGAAUAUUUUACAGAUUGUGACCUUGUGUCUGCUUGCACAGCGAAUUCUAUUAGCCAGGCCUAUAAAGCAUCCCACCUUAGUUCUACCAGACAGUGUGUACAUGUGUGUUUUCACGUGAGUGCGAUUCAGCUUCCAUCUGAAAUAAUGAACUGUUUGAUUCCCUCGUGUGUACAAACACAAUAUGGUACCUUUAUUUGACUUUCUAAACUUCUGGGGGACAAUGGUAAUUCUUCUUUUUAGCGGUUAAGUAAAUUAUAUGUAUUUCUGUCCCCUACUAAAAACAAUCUUGGUCGACCGAAAGUUGUCUGUUCUUUUGACCAAUCGAUUGGUUAAAACGUGUAUUUUUCCAUGUAUAGACACAACCUAUGUGUUUUAAUCAAAUCAACUAUAUAUGCAUUGAGCUUGUCUGAUGAUCAAGAGGGAACCAGGGAUAAAGAUAACCAGAAUUUUUUUAAUAUUUUUUUUUACCAAUCCCGACCGUCCUCCCGCUCCUACUGGCCUUCGCAGAUUCUGACGUUACUGUCCUGAACUUGCUAGGAAUAGGCUACACGAGGAGUCAAACUUUUUCAUGUGGAAUGCAAAUUUAUCUUACCAUUUCUACCGAUCUGUGUGCCAGUUAUGAUUUUCAUAUGCACAUUUUUGUUUAGCAGUUUUCAUUUAUAAUAACAUCUUUGUAUCUCAAAAUCAUUGUCAUGUGGUUAGUCAAAAUUAUAUCUAAAUGAAAAUGAUACGAACCUAAAAAGUUACUUCUAUUGCCAUUGCCAACUAUGUAAAAAGAGUCUAUAAAGCCAACAAAUAAAAACAUUGCAGCCUGCAGGUAGGAAAUAUCCUGAUAAAAAUAAAUAUCCCAUAAAUCACAUUGGCUACACAUGCCCUGUCUGCAACAAACUUGAAACAUUGUAUCAACUAUUAACUUGGGUCUGGCCUGAAGAACCUUGCCACAUUAUAUAAAAUAUUCUGGGCCCUCAAGAGUUUCGCGAGCCAAUGAGACACACCUGUAGGCUAUUUGUGCAAGGGAUAAGAAGUAAUCAGGUAGGCCUAUUUUAUGACUUUUCCACUUGAUCAGAGCAUGACAUUUUUCCCUUUCACACAGUGUUUAUCAAAAGGUAGAGAGCUGGAAAGAUUUUUCAAAUACAUUGAUGAACUAUUGUCAUUCUCAAUUGAUGUAAAAACAGACUUUGUUUGCUUGCUGUUUGAGGGGAAGAAAAAAUUACUUUGAGAUGCUCCACAGUGGUGAUGCAUUAGGCCGAACAGAAAUGCUAUCAGAUCCCCAAAUGGGCACAUUUAUAUGCCUACAUGUGCCUGCAGGCCAGGUAGCAUAUAGGCCUACUUCUAUGGGUAAUCAGGUGCGCGUCCUUACUCAACAUUGACAGGAGCACUCCAAACAAAAGACAAUGGCGAAAUUGACAAAACUCGUAAAUGGAAUGAAAUAAACCAAAACUUGUUUCUCACAAGUGUAGCCUAGGUUGUGAGCUCUGCAAACAACGUGUCCACUCCUACAAUGACAACGGUAAAAUACUGGAAUUAUAUUAUAUUGAAUGCAUUAACACACAUUACCGUAACCAAAAAAACAUUGUAGAUUAGAAAUUAUAGGAAUUAACUGAAUGUACUACUGGUGAUAUAUGUAAUGGGGAAUUGAUAGACACUAACAAUCAGAUGCCAACAAUUCACACUAUGAAGUUAUGAAACAAUGAAUGUGCACAAAUUGGCGGGAGAGACCGUGUUCUGGAGAGGGAAGUACAUCGUGAAGCCACAUGCCCCUUCUUGGACUGUGCCAUCCCCACGACCUCUGCAAUGGAUUAGUUCACUGAGAUGGCCGCGAAUAAGACAAGCAUGUCCUGUGCCAUAAAAAAAUAUAUAUAUAUUUGCUACUGCUCAACUAAAAAAAAAAUCUUGGUCGACCAACAGCCUAUAUACCAAACAUUCGACCAGUCAAAUAAUAGGGGUCAACCCUAAUUUCUGUUGAUUAGCAUCAAGGAUCAACCUGAUUUUGAUUAGGGGCACUGUAUUGAGUAUUGAGCACUUCAUUACAGGCGAAACAAAUCUAAAGCUUUUUUGUUUUUCUAUUGGCUGUUAGUGUGAGUUUGUCAUCCACAGACAUGUGAUUGCUGUUAUUCUAUGUGAACGUCUCCACCUACAGACACCUCCUCUUCAGUCCGUGGGACUUGUCCAUGCACACCAAGAGCAUGUUAGACUGUACAUUUCCAUACCAACCCUGACAUCUUGUCCAGUCAGUGUGAGAUUCUGCACCUUGUUGGCAACUUGGAACCUGCUAGUCCGGCUGAGCAGGGCUCUGAGCAAGCCUCACAUAGGACAGAAGUGGAUGAGCUAUAGCCAAUAGGCAAAGAGAUACAACAGAAUUGGCUGAGCUAUAACCUAUAUAUUCUACACCCAUCUCUGGCAUACACACCCAUGUUUGUUAUUUCAGUGAUUAGACAGGUUUGUUUAGAUAUAAUUUUUUUGUCUCUGCUGGCCAUGUAUUGUAUUGUAACUAUUUGAUGGUUUUGUUUGAUCUGAUUUUAACGUAUACGUCAUUAAUUGGACUUUCUAAAAGCAGCAAGCAUGAAGAAUGUGCUUCCAUUUUUCAGUCUUAAGUUCUAAACAUGAAGUCGGAGUUUGUCAACGUAAUAAUACUGAGAUUGUCACAGUUUCUCACUCAACUGUUGGGUGCUCAUUCUGAAACAAAGUAUAAUAGCUAUGCCCCAAAGAUUUUAAUUAAAUCCAGGUUUGAUUGAAUCUAUACUUGUAGUUGCAUCAGUUAUAGUACUUGAGGAUGGGUCUUAGUAUUUUUAUGUUGGUUGUGUUUUUGUGUACAAAUAUUCUCAUAUUUUGAUGUCACUUUUUUAUACCUUGUUGUGUUUGUGUAUGCACUCAGACUGUUACCUAAACAUGGAUUCGUCCAAUCAGGGUUUAUUUUGUUUAACAAGAAUGGGAAGAGGGAAAUUAUUACCACUUGUCUAAGACUAUCUAAUAAUUCUCAAAGUACCAGGGGAACAUUGUAUAGUUUAUUUUAUGUUACUCUUCUAUUAAAUGCACUGGUAUGUAUUUUGUCAAACGCUGGGUAUAUCUGAAAACAGUUUUUCUUAGUCGUGUUUGUUCCAGAGAAUGUUUGGCAAAAAGGAGACGACUGAGAUAAAGAACUAUUGCUGUAUUGCACAAGAAGACACAAACUACUGACCUCCUGCACAGUCACUGUCUUUGUGGUCUGUCUGAUCUCAGAUUUCAUCAACCAAAUGUCAUCGAGCCAAUGUUUCAUCUCAACUGUAUUUAGAGAUCAAAGUCCUUUUGAUUAUUUAGACUGAAGUUAGGCGUGUCCAAUACAUUAAUUAUAUACAACACUUUUGAAGCAAGUCUAUUAUAUGAAUAACAAUCAUAGUACGCUAUCCCUUAAAGUUUUGACACGAGUCACAGUCCAAUCAGGCUUUUAUCUACUGAAACGUCUCUGGAACACUCGCCCUUAAGUUUGGUUUCUAUUUUGGUUUGUAAAAGAGACAUUAUUUUAAAUGUUACAGCUUCAAUAAAGCUCCUCUUUUAUUA